CUCCUAACACCAAACGGAUUCUUUCCGCUCGUUCAUCGAGCCGAUUUUUGUCUUCUUUUCCUGAGAACCAUCGUACUUUACGUCGACCAGUUGCUCGAAUCGACACAAUGCUUCGGUGGCCUUCACAUCCAGCGGCUGCCCCAGUCGAUCCUCUCGACAUUUUGGAGCCGGAUCUGACCCUGGUGCGAACCAAGACUCCCGAGCGAUGGUCCCAACCGCGCAGCAAUAUUCCAAGGGUCGCAGCCACCUUCUGGUGCUUCAUCUUGUUGGGCGCCAACGACAGUUCAUAUGGCGUUUUGAUUCCACAUCUCGAGUCGUACUACGACAUAUCCUACCUUGAGGUCUCACUUGUCCUCCUGGCACCUGCAUUUGGGGGCUUUGUGAGCGCUUUCCUGAACCACAGCUUGCACAUGUACAUUGGCCAGAGAGGCAUUGUCAUCGUGGUCGGCUUUUGCCAGCUGGCUGCAUACGUGACGGCGAGCUUCCACCCUCCUUUCCCCGUCCUAGUGCUCGUCUACAUCCUUGUCGGUGUGAGCAACAUGGCCAAAACGGGCGCCUGGAACGCCUUUGUGAGCAGCUUGCAGAUGCCGAACGAGCUGCUCGGAUUGUUACAUGGCUUCUACGGCAUUGGAGCGACUUUGGCGCCACUGGCGGGAAGCUCACUGAUGUCCCAAAGGGACUGGAAAUGGUACCAGUUCUACUAUCUCUUUGUUGGCAUGGCACUUCUCGACCUCGUAUUUUCCAGCGUGGCAUUUCGACAUCAAUCCGGUGCAAAGUACAAAGAGGGUAUGAGCAUCCAUGUUGGAGCAAAUGCCUCUCACGACGUGACAGUGGCACAGACCAUGGAAAGAAUACCAUCAUCGUCUCGACCACGCCUUGGACGUCACGUAUCGUCCUGCAUCUCUGCAGGGUGGCAAAACUGCAAGAAGAGUCAAACAGGCGUUUGCUUGAGUAACAAGAUUGUGCCUCUUUGCAGCCUAUACUUGCUGGCAUAUGUGGGAAGCGAGGUCGCACUGGGAGGGUGGCUUGUGACGUUCAUGACCAAAGUCCGCAAAGGUUCUCAGUUCGCUUCUGGCGUCACCCCCAGCGGCCUCUGGGGUGGCAUCACCGUGGGCAGGUUCUUCCUAGGCUUCAUCACUGGUCGGUUCUUCAGAAACGAGAAACAGGCAACCUACGUCUAUCUCAGCCUGGCAGUGGUCAUGGAGCUGCUUUUCUGGCUGGUGCCGAAUUUUCUGGCAUCAGCGGUCUUUGUGUCUUUGCUAGGCUUCUUCUUGGGUCCCUUAUUCCCCGCAACCGUUGUAUACCUCAGCAAGACUCUCCCCUCGAAGAUCCGCGUGAGCGCUAUUGGACUGUGUUCUGCUAUUGGUGCUACAGGAGCAUCGGUCAUUCCAUUCAUGGUCGGAAGUGUCGCUCAGGCGCGAGGAAUCGGAGUCCUACAGCCUAUAGUGCUUGCCUUUUUGAUCCUCUGCUUUGUUCUGUGGAUGAGUCUGCCAAAAGUCCCUAAGAAGUGAUGGGAGUUUGUUGGGAAUGCGGAUCUGAACAAAUCACCGAGUGAAC